CGCUCCCCCGGGGGCCGCGGCUGGGUCUCGGACUCGGGGCUGUCCCGCAGCUUUCCAAGGUUUCUUUCGGGUGCAGUUCGCGCGGGGACGCGCCGUAGCCCACCGCCGCCAUGGAUGCCAUCAAGAAGAAGAUGCAGAUGCUGAAGCUGGACAAGGAGAACGCCUUGGACAGAGCCGAGCAAGCCGAAGCGGACAAGAAGGCAGCGGAGGAGAGAAGCAAGCAGCUGGAGGACGAGCUGGUGGCUCUACAAAAGAAGCUGAAGGGCACUGAGGAUGAGCUGGACAAAUACUCCGAGUCCCUUAAAGAUGCACAGGAAAAGUUGGAACUGGCUGACAAAAAGGCCACAGAU